CUAGCAUUGGCUAAUCCGUGUUGUUGGCUAAUGCUACUAGCAUGUUGUUUAGCUAGCCUUGCAAAAUUGCUACAAUUUGGCAACAAUGAUACGACCACAUAUUCACUAUUUACAUAUCUUAGAUGCAUGUCGGGUAUUGUUCUCGAUAUAUCAUUGUAUAGGUUCUCAUUUUUAAAGGUUUAAAGGAGCUAUUUAAACGUUGCUAAAAAAAAUAGAUGGCGACCUGCGCAGUUGCGAUGGCGUGUGUUUACUAUCGCAUAGCGCUACCUCGACAGCUCCCUUCCAGUUUAAGGAAAUGGGUGAAUUUUUAUUGAGAAUUAAAUGUUUACAUAGGCACAAAUCUUAAAUGUGAAUCUGUUAAUAAUGAAAGUUAUCUUAUGAAACAUUCAUAUAAUGAAAGAUAAAUAUAGCUUUGUGUUUCUGCUUCUCGGCUAAUUGGAUUAUACAUUACAACUAACGUCAGAACUGUAUUGUGUUAUAACACUAUUAGGCACAAAAUACUGCUUUAAAUGCAGAAUUUACGGGUAUCGUUCAAUAUUUAGUGAGGUUUUAUUGACACAAUACAUGUACGAGAGAGUGUAGUCGCCCGUUAGAAACUAGCGGUGGGCAGCUUAUUGCUGAAUCACUAUGACUUUAUGAAAUGGUCACAUCGGUUUACAACGACGCCUCGUGGUAGGACAGACGUUUUUGAGUGUAAGGUCACUUCCCACGCAUUUCGGGAAACAGUAAGGUCAAGGAUCCACCAUAAACUCACCAGAGCCUUUAUUUAGAACAAUAAUUAUAAUCCAGUCUAGACGUCUGUUAGAGCUGAGUCAUUCUAUUUGACAUCAGUUCUUGUUGUGAUCUCGUUCCUUAUCCUAAUUAGGGGAAGGGGAUUUUAUUGUUAAUGAUUGUAACAACACAUGAUAACCUACAUCAGACGCAAGAAUAACUUAUAAAAUAACACUCAAAACAUAGCUGCCACUUGUCCUGAAUUGAUCAAAUAUUAAAAUGUAAAAGAGAUCCUCCAAAUACCAAGUUUCACAUGCAAGAGUCCAACCCAGCCAGUGGAGGCUCCUCAGAGGAGGAAGGGCAGGACCAUCAUCCUCAGUGAAUUUCGUGAAAAUAAAUGGAAACAUUAAAGUUAACCCUUUUAGAUAAAACUAUACCAAAUAUAUUCAUGUCACCAAAUAAUUAAUUAAAACACACUGUUUUGCAUUGAAGGUCUACAGUUGCCUCAGCAGCACUAGGGUAGCACCAUGGUGUAGCCGGAAGACAGUUAUAUUCCUUCGUCCUCUGGGUACAUUGACUUCAACACAACCUAGAAGGCUCAUGGUUCUCACCCCCUUCCAUAGACCUACACAGUAAUUAUGACAACUUCCAAAUCGAUCAGAGCUCCUGCAGCAUGAAGUAGCAUGUUGUCCACCCAAUCAAAAGAUCUGAGAAUGAAUCUAGUACUGAAAGCUAGAACUAGCUAGCACUGCAGUGCAUAAAAUGUGGUGAGUAGUUGACUGAAAGAGAGACCAAUAGUUGAACAAAUUCAUUUCUUCCAAAUUAAGAAGUGAGAGGUUGUAUUUUUUGAAAUUGUAACUUUUACUUAGCAAGCGAAUGCAGCUCGCUAGUUUUAGCCUACUCAAACACCCAGCUCAAAAAGAGAGGGAUGCUAUGUUAGCUAGCUGGCUAUCAAAUACUGGAACUCUUCCAAGUCCAGGUAAGCGUUUGGUUUUAUUUUAUUGCCACCUGGGCCUGCUGGUGUAACUGCUGAACUGCUUUCUGACUGCACUGUACUGCAUGAUUAAAGAAGGUUUACUUACGUGUCAGUUCUAGUAGCUAUGUUGACAAUGGCGUGACAACGAUGUAGGCUGUGUGUAGCGGUUAGCGGUCAUGGUAUGAAGGUUUGGCUUGGAUAGGUUUUUGUGCCUGGCCAUAGACAGCUGAUGUACAAUGAAGUCCACAAGCGAAGGGGAAAGGUGAGAAGAGGCGAGCACGUAGAUAGUUGCAAGACUACAAAGGGAAACCAGCCACAUCGCUGACACUGACAUCUUGCUUCCGGACAAGCUAAACACCUUCUUCGCCCAUUUUGAGGAGAACACUGUGGCACCGACACGGCUCGCUACUAAGGACUGUGGGCUCUCCUAUUUCCGUGGCCACGCGAGUAAGACAUUUUUGUGUGUUAUGCCUCGCAAGGCUGUCGGCCCAGACGGCAUCCCUAGCCUUGUCCUCAGAGCAUGCACAGACCAGCUUGCUGGAGUGUUUAUGGACAUAUUCAACCUCUCCCUAUCCCAGGCUGCUGUCCCCACAUCAAGAUGUCCACCUUUGUUCCUGUACCUAAGAAAGCAAAGACCGUCUAUAAAUCUGUGUUUAUUGGUGUCGGAGAUACAGGAUAAAGCCAGAUCAUGACGUCAGAAAGAAGCAGCAAAGCCCUGAAGGUAAAGCGGGAGUGUGGUGAGAACGUUCCGGUGUUGUCGGACAGCGAGCUCAUGUCCCUGUCUGUACGGGAGCUCAACUUGCACCUGCGGGGUCUGUCCCGCGAGGAGGUCCAGAAGCUCAAGCAGCGCCGGCGCACUCUGAAGAACCGUGGCUAUGCUGCCAGCUGCCGGGUGAAGCGAGUGUCCCAGCGCGAGGCCCUGGAGCAGCAGAAGAAGGAGCUCCAGAGGGAGGUGGAGAGGCUGGGUGUGGAGAAUGCAGGGAUGAGGAGAGAGCUGGAGGGCCUAGGGGCCAGGCUGGCAGCCCUGCAGAGGUUUGCCCGUGGGUUAGAGUCUGGAGGGGGCAACCUCCUGGCUACAGCCCCACGCCUCAACACAGCCUCUGUCAUUACCAUAGUGAAGACCCCGCCACAGGCCCACGUCCAGAGAGAGCAGGGGGGGUCCUAGGAGGAACCGACCGGGCUGGGGACGGACAAACGCUUGUACAUGUACUCUCAUAUACACAGGCACGUACAUACACUCUCAUAUAUAUAUCACACACACACAGCUAGACACAUGCACGCUUGGAGAGAGCAGGAGGAUUGGAGGAAUAAGACAAAUAGGCACUUAUGAAGCUCAUGCGCUUCGGGUGACACACACACAGACGUACGGUGUUCACAGGCAGUGACAAAUAGUCUCUAAACCCAGCCAACACACACUCAGACAUGCGUGGACUUAAGGAAACACGACGGUUGACGAAUCCAACUAAAGCACGACAGACGUGCAAAACAGGGACACAGACACCAUCCGUGGACAAAGCCAGUCUUGCUGCUGGUGCUCUCUGUAACUGCUACUCAACAGGCCGAGCCAGCUAUCGCUCUCUGCCUUCUGGCAUGGCAUCCAGCCCUGCUACACAAUGUCUGGGUUAAUCAGACUCUUCCACCGCUUCUUCUAAUGCUUUGACUUUUAAAUGGCAUCACUAUUGACAUCUGUACACGUCUUGGAGUGUUGUUCCUCUGUACUUCUAGUGUGUCGAUACUAUUGUGCUUCACUGUGCUGCCGUGUGUAGUGGUUACAUGGGUGUUUUCAACUGUACCACAGUGCACAUUUUGGUUUGCUAUAAAAAAAAACAUCCUUUGCUUGUCUCUAGAUUCCCCAACUUGCAGAAGUUGGUCAUUGCUGGAAACAGUUGAAUAAUCAACAUCUCGUAGAAUGCUAUGUCAAUGCAAAAAUCAAUUGAUGCAUUCCUUUAUCUGUUAUUUUAUAAUGUUUAUACAAGAGACAAAUGUUUGAGCAAACGUUUAUUCAGAGGUAUUCUAUUUUAUGUGUAUUUAAAGGAUAGAUAUUACAAAGCUAAUGAGUGCUGUGAUGUAAUGUAUGUUUCAAAUACCUGGAUAUGACUAGUUUGGGGAAAUUCUCAAGUCUAAUUGUUGUAUGGAGUGUGUGACAAUUAUUUUUGUAAUGUUUAACUUGUAAUGAGUUGUUUUAGAUAUGCUAAAAGCCGACGGUCAUGUUGCUGUAAGAUGAUUUUAGUAUGUGUGUACACCAUAUUUGUACUAAUUUCAUAGUGAGUCGUGUGGCUUGUUGUAGGGAUACUAUUUUUCUAUAAAGUACCAAGGUGAUGAUACGUAUUGUUAUUUAUGAUAAUUAUUAUUUUACAUUUUGUUUUCUGAAAUGGCUCAAAAGGGAGACAAACACUGUAAGGAGAAAGAAUGAAGGAAAAGAAUGGUAGAAUAAAAUGAGAGGAAAAAGAGAUGGAUAUGAAGAAAAGAUGUGGUGGUAGAGAGGAUUUGGGAGGUGAAUGAGGAGGUCAAAGAGAGAGGACAGAGAUGAGGUGGUGCUUAAUUCACCUGAAAGCCUUGUAACAUCCAGAUUUAUCAAUAAACCCCUGCUGACUCCACUAGACAGUUUGAUUCGACAUUCGGAAAUGAAUGGCAAUAUACAUUUAAUCUGUCAAUAAUAUGACUCAUUAUAUUGUGUUGAUUAAUACUCCCUUAAGAUAUACUUAGCUAUCUUCUCAAUAUCGAUGUUGCAUAGCAUUUAUCCUCUGUCUCAUAUAAGAUUAUUAAUGUCAAAUUGUGCUGGAUGUUUUGUACAGCAAAACUAAAAUGGUCUGUAUUUAUUACAUGUAUUUUUUCUAUGGUGAAAAUUAAGUACAUUGUCUAUUUUAUAUAUUAACUGAAAUAAAUGUUGUAUAUAUUGUGAAUACAA